AUGUUUUCCCGUUCGAGAUCGUCCGACGCCAAGAGCCUGCGCGCAUCCCCAAACAGCACGAAUGGUCUUGCAACGAGCGCCGAAGCAUCGCCGGCGAGGAAUCCGACGAAUCCAACGGACCGCACCUCGACGACCCGUGCGAGCAGCACCGCGCCCAUGCACAUCCAAACAUCGGACUUGCCGACCAUCACCACGUCGAACGGUACGCCCCUCUCUUCGUCCACUUGCACCGCGGACCCUACUGGAUCCUCGCAGCCCGACACUCCCGUGCAAGCCCCUCCCUUCGCGUUGCUACCGAGUCUUCCGCACGUGUCGACAGCCGAACCAUUCGAUAUGUCGAACACCAGCUUCUCGGUGACGUCGCUCGACAGCUUUGGUGCCAUCUCGGUGGCAGGAUCCACCAUUGCGGCCGAAGACGGCAGUCAGAACGGCUCGCGUUUCGGCAUGAGCCCUCCCUCCUCCAGGCUCGUCGCGCCCAGAAACGAGCUCUCGUCCGCGUCCAUCCGCAGUCAGAGGAACUGGGACCAAUUCGAGGGGAAACCUGUCUCGCCGCUACCGAGUCCAGCCGUGCACUCGGACCACGAGCAAGCGCGAGAUAUGUUCGACGUUCCCAUCGCAUCCAGCUCGAGGCACGCUACCAGCAACGGGAUCGGCACGUCGCUAGAACGGCCUGCCACCGUUCGAAACUCGUCCAACGACUCCGUGCCGAGCACGACCGAAUCUGGUAGCAUGGCAUCUCCACAAGGAGCAGCUCGGAGUCAAGGAUCGAGUCGUAACUGGUCCUUCUUCAACUCGACCUCUUCAGGCCCGUCAAUUGCUCGCGCACCCAGCAUCAAGACGUCUCAAGCUGCUCUGCGAGCGGAGCAGCACGUCAGCAGCGACCCUUCGGCUCCACAAACACCGCUCAGCAGUACAGCGUCAAGGAACACUGCCAGCGUCAGCCUCCCUGCCCAUGACCACGGUGUCAGGCUACCCUCUGUCGAUCUUUCCAACAGAUUCCGGUUGCCUUCAAGAUUGCCCUCCCUUUCGUCGGAUGCGGCAGCCAUGGGUGGCGCAGGCUCUUCCAAUGCGAGAUCUUCCUCGGCGCUCUACACGCAACCGCAGCAAUCAGGCUAUCCACGACACUCGCGCAUCAGCAGCGGCGACUCCAACUUGUCCAUGGACGCAGGUCUCUAUUCGCCGCUCUCCGCCGUCGACGCCCACGCACCGGGCGAAUUCAUCGGUUUCAGCUCGACCUCGCAAGUCUCUUUAUCAGGCAUGUCGGACGCGCCCAGCGCCACGCUUGAAGGCCUGCCGCCCAAUGUACCGUGGGCGCCUUACAGCCCGCGCAGAGUUCGCACUCAAAGUCAACUUCUGCUCGAUGACGACCGCAGCGCGCAGUCGUCGCCCGCGUCGGCCGUGCAAGGCCGGAUCGAACACAAAGGCUGGAGGGACGCCGCCGACGCAUCCAUCGACUUUAUCGGCGCUCUACCAUCCAACGUCGCGCACCGGUCGAGUCCCGCGCCAUCACGCUCCGAGCUCCAUACUGUCCCGGGUCCGUCAAUACCAAGUGCAAACGUUGCAGUCAGCGCACGAGACGCAUCGUCAGCGUCGGAUCCUGCCAGAGUCCUCGGCCAGCGGAAACACCGCCAAGGCCCGUCCGAGUCCGCGACGGGAAGCAGCGUCUCGCCGACGCCGCCCGCCCGCGAGCAGUCGAGUCCACCUGCCAUCGCCGAAGCGCGAGAAGAGGAGGAGGACGGCGAUCGCAUCGGACCGUAUCGCAUCGAAAAGACGCUCGGCGUCGGCGCUUUCAGCCGUGUAGCCCUCGGACGUUUGAUACGCGGAUUCGGUGGCGGCAAGCCCGACAAGAUGAUCGCGACGCUCCCCGCGCUGCGUCAGAGAGCUCUCCAAAGGACGGAGGCGUCGCGCGAGACGGACGAGCUGGUUGCGCUCAAGAUGCUGGAUCGCGAACCGUGCAACAACAACGAGCGUCUCAAGGUCAGCUGGGUGCGAGAGGUCGAGGUGCUCAAGCACAUUUCGCAUCCCAACCUCGUGCGCUUCAUCUCCUCCUUCAGCACACCCGUACACCACACGCUCGUGCUGGAGCAGAUCGCAGGCGGCGAGCUCUUUGAUGCCAUCAUGUCGCACUUUGACCAGUUCUCCCAGCGCGAAUGGCUCGUACGCGUCAUCUACACGGAGCUGGCCAAUGCCGUCGGAUGGAUGCAUCACGUCAACCUCGUACACCGCGACAUCAAGCUUGAGAACAUCCUCAUGACCGUCGACCUCUUUGCAGCGAUGGCCAGCGCCUCGAAAAGUUUGUCGCCGUCCGAGCCCUUGCGCCCGCAUCACCUUCCCAAGGGCCCGCUAGUCAAGCUGACCGACUUUGGCCUGUCGAGAUUCGUCGAUCCAUCCAAUCCGCUGCUGGAGACACGGUGCGGGUCGGAAGAGUACGCAGCUCCGGAACUGAUCAUCGGCAAAAAGUACGACGGGCGCAAGACGGAUGCAUGGGCGCUCGGCGUGGUGUUGUACGCGCUGAUCACGGGCUCGCUUCCGUUCAUGGAGGAUGUGAGCGUCGGCGUCAAUGGAGCCCGGGAAGGAUUCGGCGAGCAGCGCGAUCCCAAGCAGCGAAAACGGCAUUUGCUUCGUAUCGCCAAGGGAGAUCUGCGAUGGCCAGCUCCCGCCAACGACGCAUGUGCAGACCAGCCGGAUCCAGCCGUGUGUCCAGCCAGCGUACGCUUGGUGACACCCAUGGCCAAGGCGAUGGUGGCGCGUCUGCUUCGACGCGACUCGUCCAAGCGUGCCACACCCUGGGAGACGUGGGACGAGCCGUGGCUGUUGGGCGGCAGCUUUGGCUACGCGGCGCAGCCCGGCAGCACCGCAGGCGGCCGACAGAUACCCAACGAAAGCUCGGCAGCCGGACAGUCGCUUGCACUGCAUCCCGACCCGCGCUCGCAGCAGGGUCAGCAUUGGUUGGAGACGAACGCAGCGGUGCGUCAGGACGACGUGGCGCCCGUAGCACGCGACGAUUGA